GGCGAGCGGAAGUGAAGGUUCGCCGACGGCAAUCUCUCAGAUAAUUGGAGGAACAAAAGUGAGAAAGAGAAAGAGAAAUGGGAGACCUGUACGCUUUAGACUUCGACGGAGUUCUCUGCGACAGCUGCGGUGAGAGCUCUCUUUCCGCCGUCAAGGCUGCGAAGGUGAGAUGGCCGGGUUUAUUUGACGGAGUGGAUUCGGCGACGGAGGACUGGAUUGUCGAUCAGAUGUACACAGUGCGGCCUGUGGUGGAAACUGGCUACGAAAAUGUGCUACUUGUCAGGUUGUUGUUGGAGAUGAGAGUGCCUUCCAUUCGAAAGUCCUCGGUUGCAGAGGGACUUACCAUUGAGGGGAUAUUGGAGAACUGGUCAAAGCUAAAACCAGUCAUUAUGGAAGAAUUGGGUGAGAACAGGGAUGCUCUAGUUGAUCUUUUUGGAAAGGUUAGGGAUGAAUGGAUGGAUAAGGACUUGGCAACUUGGAUUCGUGCUAAUAGGUUUUAUCCAGGAGUUCCUGAUGCACUGAAAUUUGCAAGCUCAAGGAUAUAUAUAGUCACCACAAAACAGAGCCGGUUUGCAGAUGCUCUACUGCGAGAGCUAGCAGGAGUAACAAUACCCCCUGAAAGGAUAUAUGGUUUGGGAACUGGGCCCAAGGUGGAAGUGCUGAAGCAACUUCAGAAAAGGCCAGAACACCAGGGGCUGAAACUACACUUUGUAGAAGAUAGACUUGCAACUCUAAAGAACGUCAUUAAAGAUUCAGAACUGGAUGGAUGGAAUUUGUAUCUAGGGGACUGGGGUUACAACACUCGGAAAGAGAGGGAAGAAGCAGCAAACAUUCCCAGGAUUCAACUACUUCAGCUCUCUGACUUCAGUAAGAAGCUUAAAUAAUCAUUGGUUUCCCUCCUUCGACUUCCGGUAUUGAUAUCCAAACCAGUUAUUGAUGCAGAUGAUAUCUUUAAUUGUUAUUCACGUAUGAUUAAAGCAAGAAAUCGUUUCUUUCCAGUUAAUGAGAAACUGAUGUACUCUGCUAUUAGAAGCUUUGCUAGUGAAGUUACUAAAACAUUUUCUGGUACUCCACUACUCGGUUCACGGUCAUAGAUGAGUGAAUGUAUGACACUGGAAUUAACUGAAUUUGAACAUGGAUAUUGGAUUCAAUUCAUUGACAUUUAAUAGUCCAUUUGCUGGUGAGCUGGUUAGAUUUGGUUGAAGUAGAACUUGCAUUAAUAAAUUUAGCAACUGUAG